AUGGCAUAUGGCUAUUAUCAAAAUUCAAAACCUUAUCACGAGCAAAAUGGUAUUACCUCCGUCAUAAUUCAGUCAGGAUUUCCUUGUCAAUAUAAUGAAAAUGAUCCAUCUCAGUACUACCUCUGUAACGGUGAACCUGAUCAACAAGGAACAAAUUGGCAUUGUCCAUAUCAAUAUGGACAUGAUGCUACACUUUGUUAUAAUGAUAACCAACUUCCUUACACUUUACCAGUAAUUUUUGAUUACAAUACAACAUUCACUAAUUUUACAAUGGAACUUACUGGUUACUUUUUAGCACCACAAACUGGUUCUUACACCUUUACAUUAGGAUAUGUUGAUGAUUCUGCUGGCUUGUUGUUCGGCGAAAAUGCAUUUGGAUGUUGUCAGCAAAAUGAUAUUACUGCAUCAACAACUAAUUUUUUGGUGGAUGCAAUUAAAAAUUGGCAUGUGGGAAUACAAAAUUAUGCUGUGGCUAAAAUAACAAUGAACGCUGGGUCAUACUAUCCAAUAAGAAUUGUAUUUUCAAACGCAAUUACUAAAGCAAGUUUGUUUUUUACAAUAAGUUUGCCCGAUGGAACUCUUCUUGAUGAUAUGACCAAUUAUAUAUUUACCUUUGAUGAAGAAGAGUCAUAUUGUCCAGCUGCUGAAGAUGUUACCACCACAUACACACCAUGGACUGGCACAUAUACAUCUACUAUUGGUACUAGUUUAACCACCAGUAUUGGAUCAGAUGGUAUUCCAACAACCUCUACUAUCUACACAGUUGAGACUCCAGAAGUUGAAGGUACUACUACUACUUACACACCAUGGACCGGUACAUACACAUCUACUAUUGGUACCAGUGUUACCACCAGUGUUGGUGCAGAUGGUAUUACAACCACCUCUACUAUCUACACAGUUGAGACUCCAGAAGUUGAAGGUACUACUACCACUUACACACCAUGGACCGGUACAUACACUUCCACUAUUGGUACCAGUGUUACCACCAGUGUUGGUUCAGAUGGUAUUCCAACUACUUCCACCAUCUACACAGUUGAGACUCCAGAAGUUGAAGGUACUACUACCACUUACACACCAUGGACCGGUACAUACACUUCCACUAUUGGUACCAGUGUUACCACCAGUGUUGGUUCAGAUGGUAUUCCAACUACCUCCACUAUCUACACAGUUGAGACUCCAGAAGUUGAAGGUACUACUACCACUUACACACCAUGGACCGGUACAUACACUUCCACUAUUGGUACCAGUGUUACCACCAGUGUUGGUUCAGAUGGUAUUCCAACUACCUCCACUAUCUACACAGUUGAGACUCCAGAAGUUGAAGGUACUACUACUACUUACACACCAUGGACCGGUACAUACACUUCCACUAUUGGUACCAGUGUUACCACCAGUGUUGGUUCAGAUGGUAUUACAACCACCUCUACUAUCUACACAGUUGAGACUCCAGAAGUUGAAGGUACUACUACCACUUACACACCAUGGACUGGUACAUACACUUCCACUAUUGGUACCAGUGUUACCACCAGUGUUGGUUCAGAUGGUAUUCCAACAACCUCUACUAUCUACACAGUUGAGACUCCAGAAGUUGAAGGUACUACUACCACUUACACACCAUGGACUGGUACAUACACUUCCACUAUUGGUACCAGUGUUACCACCAGUGUUGGUUCAGAUGGUAUUACAACCACCUCUACUAUCUACACAGUUGAGACUCCAGAAGUUGAAGGCAUUACUACUACUUACACACCAUGGACCGGUACAUACACUUCCACUAUUGGUACCAGUGUUACCACCAGUGUUGGUUCAGAUGGUAUUCCAACUACCUCCACUAUCUACACAGUUGAGACUCCAGAAGUUGAAGGUACUACUACCACUUACACACCAUGGACCGGUACAUACACUUCCACUAUUGGUACCAGUGUUACCACCAGUGUUGGUUCAGAUGGUAUUCCAACUACUUCCACCAUCUACACAGUUGAGACUCCAGAAGUUGAAGGUACUACUACCACUUACACACCAUGGACCGGUACAUACACUUCCACUAUUGGUACCAGUGUUACCACCAGUGUUGGUUCAGAUGGUAUUACAACCACCUCUACUAUCUACACAGUUGAGACUCCAGAAGUUGAAGGUACUACUACCACUUACACACCAUGGACCGGUACAUACACUUCCACUAUUGGUACCAGUGUUACCACCAGUGUUGGUUCAGAUGGUAUUCCAACUACCUCCACUAUCUACACAGUUGAGACUCCAGAAGUUGAAGGUACUACUACCACUUACACACCAUGGACCGGUACAUACACUUCCACUAUUGGUACCAGUGUUACCACCAGUGUUGGUUCAGAUGGUAUUCCAACAACCUCUACUAUCUACACAGUUGAGACUCCAGAAGUUGAAGGUACUACUACCACUUACACACCAUGGACUGGUACAUACACUUCCACUAUUGGUACCAGUGUUACCACCAGUGUUGGUUCAGAUGGUAUUCCAACAACCUCUACUAUCUACACAGUUGAGACUCCAGAAGUUGAAGGUACUACUACUACUUACACACCAUGGACUGGUACAUACACUUCCACUAUUGGUACCAGUGUUACCACCAGUGUUGGAUCAGAUGGUAUUCCAACAACCUCUACUAUCUACACAGUUGAGACUCCAGAAGUUGAAGGUACUACUACUACUUACACACCAUGGACUGGUACAUACACUUCCACUAUUGGUACCAGUGUUACCACCAGUGUUGGAUCAGAUGGUAUUCCAACUACUUCCACCAUCUACACAGUUGAGACUCCAGAAGUUGAAGGCACUACUACUACUUACACACCAUGGACCGGUACAUACACUUCCACUAUUGGUACCAGUGUUACCACCAGUGUUGGUUCAGAUGGUAUUCCAACUACCUCCACUAUCUACACAGUUGAGACUCCAGAAGUUGAAGGUACUACUACCACUUACACACCAUGGACCGGUACAUACACUUCCACUAUUGGUACCAGUGUUACCACCAGUGUUGGAUCAGAUGGUAUUCCAACUACUUCCACCAUCUACACAGUUGAGACUCCAGAAGUUGAAGGUACUACUACCACUUACACACCAUGGACCGGUACAUACACUUCCACUAUUGGUACCAGUGUUACCACCAGUGUUGGUUCAGAUGGUAUUCCAACUACCUCCACUAUCUACACAGUUGAGACUCCAGAAGUUGAAGGUACUACUACCACUUACACACCAUGGACCGGUACAUACACUUCCACUAUUGGUACCAGUGUUACCACCAGUGUUGGUUCAGAUGGUAUUCCAACAACCUCUACUAUCUACACAGUUGAGACUCCAGAAGUUGAAGGUACUACUACCACUUACACACCAUGGACUGGUACAUACACUUCCACUAUUGGUACCAGUGUUACCACCAGUGUUGGAUCAGAUGGUAUUCCAACAACCUCUACUAUCUACACAGUUGAGACUCCAGAAGUUGAAGGUACUACUACCACUUACACACCAUGGACUGGUACAUACAAUUCCACUAUUGGUACCAGUGUUACCACCAGUGUUGGAUCAGAUGGUAUUCCAACUACUUCCACCAUCUACACAGUUGAGACUCCAGAAGUUGAAGGUACUACUACCACUUACACACCAUGGACCGGUACAUACACUUCCACUAUUGGUACCAGUGUUACCACCAGUGUUGGUUCAGAUGGUAUUCCAACUACUUCCACCAUCUACACAGUUGAGACUCCAGAAGUUGAAGGUACUACUACCACUUACACACCAUGGACCGGUACAUACACUUCCACUAUUGGUACCAGUGUUACCACCAGUGUUGGUUCAGAUGGUAUUCCAACUACCUCCACUAUCUACACAGUUGAGACUCCAGAAGUUGAAGGUACUACUACCACUUACACACCAUGGACCGGUACAUACACUUCCACUAUUGGUACCAGUGUUACCACCAGUGUUGGUUCAGAUGGUAUUCCAACUACCUCCACUAUCUACACAGUUGAGACUCCAGAAGUUGAAGGUACUACUACUACUUACACACCAUGGACCGGUACAUACACUUCCACUAUUGGUACCAGUGUUACCACCAGUGUUGGUUCAGAUGGUAUUACAACCACCUCUACUAUCUACACAGUUGAGACUCCAGAAGUUGAAGGUACUACUACCACUUACACACCAUGGACUGGUACAUACACUUCCACUAUUGGUACCAGUGUUACCACCAGUGUUGGUUCAGAUGGUAUUCCAACAACCUCUACUAUCUACACAGUUGAGACUCCAGAAGUUGAAGGUACUACUACCACUUACACACCAUGGACUGGUACAUACACUUCCACUAUUGGUACCAGUGUUACCACCAGUGUUGGUUCAGAUGGUAUUACAACCACCUCUACUAUCUACACAGUUGAGACUCCAGAAGUUGAAGGCACUACUACUACUUACACACCAUGGACCGGUACAUACACUUCCACUAUUGGUACCAGUGUUACCACCAGUGUUGGUUCAGAUGGUAUUCCAACUACCUCCACUAUCUACACAGUUGAGACUCCAGAAGUUGAAGGUACUACUACCACUUACACACCAUGGACCGGUACAUACACUUCCACUAUUGGUACCAGUGUUACCACCAGUGUUGGUUCAGAUGGUAUUCCAACUACUUCCACCAUCUACACAGUUGAGACUCCAGAAGUUGAAGGUACUACUACCACUUACACACCAUGGACCGGUACAUACACUUCCACUAUUGGUACCAGUGUUACCACCAGUGUUGGUUCAGAUGGUAUUACAACCACCUCUACUAUCUACACAGUUGAGACUCCAGAAGUUGAAGGCACUACUACUACUUACACACCAUGGACCGGUACAUACACUUCCACUAUUGGUACCAGUGUUACCACCAGUGUUGGUUCAGAUGGUAUUCCAACUACCUCCACUAUCUACACAGUUGAGACUCCAGAAGUUGAAGGUACUACUACCACUUACACACCAUGGACUGGUACAUACACUUCCACUAUUGGUACCAGUGUUACCACCAGUGUUGGUUCAGAUGGUAUUCCAACUACCUCCACUAUCUACACAGUUGAGACUCCAGAAGUUGAAGGUACUACUACUACUUACACACCAUGGACCGGUACAUACACUUCCACUAUUGGCACUACUGUAUUUACUACCACUGGUACUGAUGGCAAACCAACCACCUCUACCACUUACACAGUUGAGACUCCAGAAUUUAAUGGCGUUAGUACCACUUAUACUUUUUGGACUGGUUCAUUUACCUCAACUUAUUUAACUACUAUAUUUACUACCACUGGCUCUAAUGGAUUGUCUACCACUUCCACUAUCAUUUACGUUGAAACACCAGGAUUUGGUUAUUUCAAUACUACUAGCUCUAAAUCAUCUCCAUUGACUACUAUUCCAGGUACUACCUCUACUUCUGAAACUGUUUCUCCAGUUAAUCCAACUACUGAGACAUCUGGAUUGCCUUCUAGUGUUACAAGAACUACUGUGAUUGUUACAUCUGGCAGAACUAUAACCUCGACUAUUGUCACAUGCGAUGCUACUACCACCACUGUUCCAAACAAUAGCAACAACAAUAAUGGUGGUUCUAACAAUUCCGGUUCCGAAGUUUAUUCUGUUAGUUCUGAGACUUCCAAUACACCAGUUACUGUUACUAAGACUAGUGUGUACACUACAUCUGGUAGUACCAUUACUGCUACUAUCACCUCCACUAUUGUUCCAAAUAACAACAACAACAACGGUGGAUCUGGUAGUUCUGAAACUGGUAAUACACCAGUCACUGUUACCAAGACUAGUGUAUUCACUACUUCGGGUAGUACCAUUACUGCCACUAUCACCUCUACUAUUGUUCCAAAUGACAACAACAACAACGGUGGAUCUGGUAGUUCUGAGACUGCUAAUACACCAGUUACUGUUACUAAGACUAGUGUGUACACUACAUCAGGUAGUACCAUCACAUCUGUUACUACAUCUACUAUUGUUCCAAACAAUAAUAAUGAAAAUGGAUCAGGUUCUUCAGGCAAUGCUAGUGAAUAUGUUGAGACUAUUUCUUCUGGUUCUGUUUAUACCACUGUUACCAAGAGUGCCAAUGGUAACUCUGGUAAUUCCGACAAUGUUAUUACCAAGACCACAUCUGGUGGCAAAGUUAUUACCACCACUAUUCAAUCAGAAACUGUUUCUAGCACAGCUGCUAUUGAGGUUCAAAGUAUUCAAUCUCAACCAGCAUCUAGUGGAUUAAUUUCUAUUUACCAAGCUGGUGCUGUUUCAAACAGAAUAUCUACCUUCAAGAUGUUCUUUACUUUAUUUGUUUUGUUUUUCAAUUUAUUUUAA